AGUUAGCUCAAUGUUUGACACAGUGUAGCGACAUAUAUCCUACUUAAACUGAACAAUUAAAAAAUAAGCCAGCAUGAAGUUUGACAAUUUGGGAGGAAAAACAACUGAGGCUACUCCCUGGGAUAUCCCCGCUUCCUCCCCCUCCUCCGCCAAGCCCAGAAGCUGGGUCCUGUUUGCCCUUAUAUGUCCAGAGGCUCUGCAAUCAAAGGAAGAGGCCGUUUAAGCUGAUCUGUUAUUGUUGCCGGAGACAUCAACACUUUGGCACCAACUUGGGAGGUUUGAAGCCAAAGCAUCACACAAUGUCACAUAAACAAUGUGGUUCUGUCCAGGCAACCAGGAAACCGCAAAAAAACAGGGGAAUCCCCGCUUUUGUGCAUUUAGGAGUGACAAUUAAAUAGAUGUUGAAAUUUAAAUAAGCUGCUGAAACAAAACAGAUUAAGAGAUAUUUUAGAAAUGCAUUACUAGUUAAAUGCAAGUUAAUCAGAGUCUUAAAAGUGAUGCUCAGAAGUGGCAGCUCUGCACUUUGUCAAAAAGGGGUCGUGAUGAGCGCUGUCACAAGGGCUAAGAUGCAGGAAGUCACUAUGAGCUCUACCAUAUCUUGCCAACGGGAUGGACUCAAUGGCUUCCGCCCAUUUCUGAACCUGUUUAGUAAUGUUCUCACUUUUCCUCAACCAGCCCCCCCUCUCAUCCGUUCCUCUAACAAAGCCUGGAAGUAGCCGAGACCUACACCUCCCCCUCUGUUUUCUUAAUCGUUGUUUUCCUUUUUUUUUUUUUUUUCUUUUUUCAAAGCACACAAUUGAUCUGACCUCCAUCCAGAGAAAUAAAAGCUUAAGUACACGCACACAAGCUUUACACCAUAUGCUCACGUUUCUGAUGAACGUUUUUUCAAGAAUUUAUUACCAAAAAAACGUAAUAUUCAACUUCGACACAUUUGCUUUUCAAUAAACAAAUCUAUGAUAUAUAUUUAACUUCUAUAAAUAGCUCACCGUUAAACUCCCUGGGUCCAACCAAGCAACUCGACAUGAUGUAUAUGUAUCAAAGUGUCUCCUGGUUCCACUGCAGGAACAGUUGUACUGUUUAAUACACUUAAAUCAUGGAAGACACAAAUUUAAAAGAAUACUUAAAUAUUUUUUUGCCAUUAACAGUUGGGGCUGCUUAUUAGCAAAACUGGGGCAAUAUGAUGCAUGUCAAUAAAUUGGGGGGGUUGCAAUUCCAAAUAUUGAUUCAGCAAGCCAAUAUUCUGCUAGUGGAGCUAGAGGCUCUUUAGGGCGAGUAGAAUCACUUCUAUCUGAACUUGAGCUUUCCCUCUUCCAUCACUGCAACACCUGAUGGUUUGCCGUUUCCCUGGCAAACCAAGAGAUCUCCGCGUGGGGCUGCCUUAAAAACCGCCUACCUUCUCUGGUCAAAACAAAAACAUACUAUUCCACACAGGAAUGAAAACUUAGAAGGAGGACAUACUGGCUGCUGAAUUGUUGACAAAAAAGCCAGCACGUCAACAAAGCAUGUUUCCUAAAUAUGUGACGAUAUAGUAAGGUCAGUUAAUUGAAUGAAUUCAGCAGAUAUCUUACAUAUUGGUUCUUUACAUCAGAAUGUCGGUAUCUGCAUUUGUUUUUCUCACAGUCCCUGUAAUAUUACUUUUCAUGCAACCUAAAAAAAAAGAAUACAACAUGUGACAAAACAAAUAUAAAAGAAAUUGCUGUUUGCAUGUAAACAAUUGUUUUAAAUCCACCCAUACACCAUGUUUGAGAUGGAUAAACAUAACAUUAAACAAUAUUUAAAUACUAUAUUACAAUAUUUUAAAUAAAAUAUAAUAUAGUGUGUCAGUAUUGUAUUGCAACCUUAUUAAACACAAGCUGCGCACACUUUGUCAGGCAGCAGAUAGUGGCCAUGUUUUCUAUGACAAGUCAAUUAUUUCACUUUUAAAAAAUAAAAAAUAAAAGGCUGAUUUCUCCAGAUACCAAUUUAAUUCAUCAUGAAAAAAAAUGUCAAUUUAAAACCCGCUAACAGGAUAUAAUUGUUAUUGUCUACAUUGUUGGUUGUUCAUCGUAUUGGAAUUAAGAAACUGUUCCAAGCAGGGCAUUGACUUCCAUACUUUUACAACCUGUAAAGCCAUGAGCUCACUAAAUCUUAUCAGUAAAAGUUCAACCAAGCCUCUCGUUAGCAGAGAUGUGUCAGCUGCAUCAUCCUGUAAGUACAGCUUUCUAUCUGCCCUUUUCUCCUCCCUCUUCAAUGUCUCCUUCUGUGAAACUCUUUGAUGUGAAGGAAACAUAGUUCACUGUUGCAGAGCCUCAAUGAACUGUCCUGCUCCUGGUUCUCUGUGAACCUGCGGCUGCCCUGACUGUGAGGGACAGUAACUUUCCGCUUGUUUUUGAGUUAUUCAUGACCUCUGAGCCCUUUCCCCCAUGCUCAAUUACCCCCCCCAGUCUCCAUUUCUCCUCCCUUGUCUCCUGCUCACUUUAUUAUUGACGGAUGUCCUGCGCAGGCGUUUUCAUCCAUGUGUUGGAGCAGCUUUGCAGGAUGCAUUCAGGAGUGUGUGUGGGUGUGUGUGGUUGUGUGUGUGUGUGUGUGGGGUAGUUCCUGCCCAUCUGUCGGCUGCAUUUCUCUCAUUCAGGACGGGGUGAAGGUUGUUUUUCACCAUCAUGCUAGGGGACGGUGUCUCCCAUCUAGAACGAUCAAUUUGCUUCCUUCCUCUUUGGUGCUCAUAACACGACGCCUCUGCUCUCAGGCAGCAGGCCAGGAGCUUCCGGACGCUGUUGUGGAGCCUUUAUUAAUGCCCAUUUACCUGAACUGGACGACUCAGCAAUGACACAGUUUCCCUUUGAUUUUCACUGCUUCUUAAAUAUGUCAUGAGGAAUCAGAAAAGUACGGUGGCCCUGAAGGUCUCAACAAAGCAACAUUUGCAAAAACCACAAAAUUACAUAAAACAAAAAUGUUUCUGAAACUACAACAUUUGGCAAUCUAACAAAAAACUACGACAUUUCCCAAAACACAAAAUAAUUAGCAUGAUGCAAAAUGACUUCAUACAUUACUGCGUCAAAAUUAAACAACACACUGAAUUUCGCACACAAAAGGAGAACACAGCAUUUCAACUUUGAGUUGUUGUUUUUUCUUCUUCGAUUUAUACUUUAUCAAUGACUCAAAGGUUCCCUAGGGGCCACCGCGAGUAAAGCUUUAGAAAUCCUGAAGCAGAAUAUGAGUGAAAACUCCCUUGAUAAGAUUGAAUCUUAAUGAUGAGGCCACGGCUUGUUUAUCCAACAAUAAGCUGGUCUUCCAGCUUCCUCUCAGACUGUUUCCUCCAUCCUGAAGAGGGCUGAAGAGGAGGAAAGCGUUGGUGGGGGAAGUCUGAAGCUCUUACCCCUGGACAGCCAGGCACGUACCGCAUCUCCCCGAGGGUCCUCAUAUAUAUUUUCUCAGCGUGGCACAAAAACACACUGUGCUUUCCUGCCAUUACUUCACUCAGAGCAAUGGGGGUUUAAAAAAACUAAUAGUCCACUAAAAAUACCUGGAGCCCGGGGCCUGGGCCAGGGCCUUUCCUGCGCUGCUUCCAGUGUACGCGUGGGCCAUUGAGGAAAGAGGAAAUGAGCAGAUCUGGAUGUAUGGGGGCUUCCUGCGCGACGUUAUAAAGAGUCCCUUCCCUCCAGCCUCUCCUCACAGUGCUGGUCAGAAACACUGGAGGCUGAUAAGGAGACCCUGCUUUACAUCUCUGUAGACUGAGCUGCGGGGGUUUGAAGGCAGCACGUGGAACGUUAGAUCUCGUCCCUGCUGGUCGGGGUACGAGUAGGGAGCUGGUCUCACCUAACAGCAGUGUCUGGGACACUCCUGUUUAUUUAUUCUAUCAGUUCCACAGAGAUUGAAAUGAUGGAAGUGUUGGAGGGAUACCGUGCAGACAGAGUGCAGAUGAUGAGGUCUUCUGCCCCCGCUGAAGGAUACGUGAAAGAGUUCACCCGCCACUCCAAUGAUGUGCUGCUCAACCUGAACGAACUCCGGCACCGCAACAUCCUGACUGACACCACCCUGGUCGUCGGCAAUGUACAACUGCAGGCACACUGUGCAGUGCUGGUGGCUUGCAGUGGGUUCUUCUACUCGUUUUACUCCCGCUGUGUGCCUCUUCAGGGGCGUGGUGGCAGUGGAGGGCAGCUCAUGACCAUCUCCCUCCCCGACACCUUAGACCCAUCCUGCGUGUCCCUGCUGCUCGACUUCAUGUACACCUCCCGCCUCCCUCUGACUCCCAGCACCGUCCCAGGGGUGCUCACCGUGGCAGCCCACCUGCAGAUGGACCACGUGGCAGAUACCUGCAGGGACUUCAUGCAGCUGCACUGCAGGGAGAAUACGAGUGCAAGACACCCACAAAUGGAGCAGGACUCCAGGGUGUCUGUAGCUUGUGUUGCCCCUAAAGGAGGGGACCUGCCCAGACCUGGACCCCAGAGAUGUCUCCCAACAGCAGUGGCAACAAGGGUCCCUGCGGAUGUCGGGGGCUCUCUGAAGCCAGGGGCUUUCCUGACCUGCCAGCCCGGGUCAAACAAGCUGAAAGGAGAGCCUGAGUCGCCCCCCAUCGGCAGCCCUACUCCAUCUCCAGACAGCCCCACACGCUCCAGCUGCCAACCAAAUUCCCCUGCAGAAUCCAACACCUGCAACAAGAACCUUGUGAGGGAUAUCAAAGCCAAGCCGGAUCCAAAGGCUUGCAACUGGAAGAAGUACAAGUACAUCGUCCUCAACCCACUCUGUGCAUCCACCACGGUGAAGGAGGAAGAGGUGGAGGAAGCACAAAGCCACGCAGCACCUGAGGGCGACAGGAUUGGCUCAACACUAAAAGUAGCGACUACAGAGGCGUGGUCUGGAGAAGUGCCUGGUCAGAUUGAUAGACAGGGGCAGGCCUCCUGCUACGAGGGUUCUGGCCGAGCCCCUCCCCUCGGGCCACUCCCCUCUGUGCCUCCCCUUCAAAAAGAAGGAGCAGUCUCCCCCUGCAUUUACCCACACCUGCACCCCACUGAUGCUGAAGCUUCCCGCCACACCCAACAUGCAAUCAAGAGUGAGAACUACUAUGCUCCCUUCUGCUAUUCUGGAAACCUCCAUGCAACCAAGACUGUCUGCUCAGGUGACAAACCGUACCGCUGUAACGUGUGCGGCGCCCAGUUCAACAGACCGGCCAACCUGAAGACUCACUCCCGCAUUCACUCAGGAGAGAAGCCGUAUCGCUGUGACACCUGUGGAGCUCGAUUUGUUCAGGUUGCCCAUCUGAGGGCCCACGUUCUGAUCCACACCGGGGAGAAACCGUACCCCUGCCACACCUGCGGGACCCGCUUCCGCCACCUGCAAACCCUGAAGAGCCACCUGCGCAUUCACACCGGAGAGAAGCCGUAUACUUGUGAGAAGUGUGACCUUCACUUCCGCCACAAGAGUCAGCUGCGUCUGCACCUGCGGCAGAAACACGGAGCCGUCACCAACACCAAGAUCCGCUACAAGGUCCUGACCGAGCCCUACCAGGCUCUGCUGCAGGCCUGCUGAGGAGGGCAGACCAGUGUGUCAGGAUAAUACCUAAAAAAAAAAAGGAUCUUCAUUUAUAAGAAAAUGAGUUAACAAAAUCUAAAUUAUUGGCAACAAGGGUUUGAAUAUCGUGCUAUCUGACAACCUACAAAUAACUUUUAAAAGCAGCACAUUGUUGGAUGGGACUUGGAGUGAAGAUUUGUAAGGUCCAGAAGAAAUCUGGGUUGUCUUGUCUGAGAUGGAGAUAAUGUUCAGGAACGUGUUUUUGAAGGUUUGUGAAGGUGUAGAGAGAGGGGAGGAAGAAAUUGAAGAAGAAGGAGACGUAUUUUAAGGAUGCAUGUCGCUGGAUUUUGAAUGUGCAUGUCGGAACGAAAGAGAAAGCAAGUUUUAAGAAGGGUGUUCAUUUUCAUUUGUGUUAAGUCUGGAGAUGCAGUUAAUCUUCGUUAAGUUACAGCAGUUUCCUCUGACCUAUAUAUUUAACUCAUAUUUAACUGAACCUUUAGGCCUGGGGCCUGCAUGUAUCAAGAGAAAGAAAGUAUGAAGUGAAUUCUUCUCAAACAGUCCAGGCAGGCAAAGGACUUAGCUGUCUUAUAGUGAAGUAGACUUGUUAAAUGAGAUUUAGUUUUCUAAGAUGAGCACUGAGAAAAGAUGAUAAUGGCAUUCAUUAUGUAUGUGUAUGGGUUCAUUUGCUGGACAAAGAUGGUUUUGUACAAUUUAAAUUAAAUCUUUUUUUUAACAUCAA